AGUGAUACUUAAAAGCAAAGACAUGGAGACUGACAAAUACUACUUAAUAGAUAAUGUAACUGCAGAAGUUAAACAAAUCAAUAAAAACGGUGACUAUAUUAAAAAGUUUAACAUUGAACUAACUGGCAAAGCAAAUUAUAGUGAAAGAGUUGCUAAAGCUUAAGGAGUAAAUUACAAUUCAUUAAACUAGGAUUAAGCUUAUAUGCCAUACACUACUGAAGUAUUAUAAACUAAGCCUAAUCUAUAUACUCCUUAAACAGAUAAAUUUGAUGGUUAUGCACAACUACCACGAACAUUACAAGAACCCUACAUAAAUAAUACUCGCAAAAGACCAAAAACUACAAUUGAAGCCACAAAGUACUUACUUGAAGGCAAAGAUAAAAAUAAAAAGUAUUAAAUUGGAAAAUAAUUGGUACAUAUAACUGGAACAAUUCAUGAUUACUUCAAAGCUAAGUAAUAGGGUAAAAUAGAAAUCUUAAAAAUGAGAACUGAAACUAAAAUGUAGGAUUUUAUAUCAGGAGGAUCUGUUAAAAUCAUUAAUGGUCAUGAAUUGACUCAACCUUAAGUUUUGCAUAAUCCUCCAGAGAAAAGAGCCAAAUCAGCUUCCAGAAUCAAAUGUGAUACUAUUCCAAAUACAAUUGAAACGAGAGCAUAAACUAGUCAAUAAUCUAGAAUUAUUGUACCUUUAGAAGAAUAAAAAUUGAAAUCAAUAUAAUCUUAUGGAACAUUGAAUCAAGAAUUAUAAAAUACAGAAUCAAAGACUUUAUUUUAAAGUAGAACUUAUAUGUAAACAUCUCAAUCAAAACGAAAUCAGAAUGUAAUAGACUAAAAUGUUUAAUUAUACAAUAUACCUCAUUUUAAUGAAAGAUUGGAUAUUUUUAAAAAAGAAAUUUAGAGUUUCAUUUUACCUUAAACAAAAGAGAUUAAGUAAAUCACUUCCAAAGGUAGAUUUAAUUGUCAUUUGGCUGGCAAUAAAGAACAUUAUAAUUAAGAUAGGUUAAUGAUGAAAUUAUGUAUGUAUUUAUUUUUUACAUAGUUCAACCUGAAUAAUUUAAGUAAAAUGAAAGUCCAAAAAAACAAGAAAUGGAAAAACAAAGAAGAAUUUUAGCUAAAAUGAAAGAAGUUGAUAUGUUAACUAGAAAUUUAAAAUUGAAGUUGUGA